UCUGGAUAGCUGGCAGGUUGCAGGUUCACACCUCGUUGUGGGCUUGACCUUCACACAAAGUGCUGGAGUGUGAACGAGUUCAAAUUUAGGUCUCUGUUGAUAAAAGGGCAGCGCAGACCGUGCUUGUCCGGCGUGGUGAGCCAUGCUGCCCUGCUGAGCCUGUGGCGAGGACCCGUGCUGCUGCUGUCCCCUCCCCUGCCCGUCCCUGACCCCUUUCACUUGUAAAGAUGACCCCGCCCUCUUGUCCGCCACACCCCCUGGUGGGCGGGGCCCUGACGCUGACAUCCCUUCUGUUGGCUGUGACGGCGCUGACCUCGCCCUUCCCCAGAGACCUGGAGCCAAUCAACGUUGUCGACCAGCAGCACUCCCUGCAGUACCCGGGGUUCCAGGGCCUGAACUCGGACAACGACACCGUCCGGCUGGGCCUGGACUUCCAGAGGAUGCUGCGCAUCAACCACAUGCUCUACAUCGCGGCCAGGGAUCAUGUUUUCGCCAUCAAUCUCAGCACCUCAGCCGAGCAGAUUGUUCCACAGCAGAAGAUCACCUGGAAGACAAAAGACGUGGAGAAGUGCACUGUGAGGGGUAAGAACAGCGACGAGUGCUACAACUACAUCAAGGUGCUGGUGCCGCGGAAUGACGAGACGCUGUUCGCCUGCGGGACGAACGCCUUUAAUCCCACCUGCCGAAACUACAAGAUGGCCACCCUGGAGCAGGAAGGUGAAGAGGUGGUCGGCCAGGCACGCUGUCCCUUCGAAUCCAGGCAGUCCAACGUGGGCCUGUUCGCUGGAGGCAAUUUCUAUUCCGCUACCAUGACGGACUUCCUAGCCAGUGACGCAGUGAUCUACCGCAGCCUGGGAGAGAGCAGCCCUGUCCUCCGUACGGUGAAGUAUGACUCCAAGUGGCUCAGAGAGCCGCACUUCCUCCACGCCAUCGAGUACGGGAACUAUGUGUACUUCUUCUUCAGCGAGAUCGCGGUGGAGUACACCACCCUGGGCAAGGUGGUGUUCUCCCGCGUGGCCCGCGUGUGUAAGAACGACAACGGCGGCUCUCCCCGCGUGCUGGAGAAGUACUGGACCUCCUUCCUGAAGGCCCGUCUUAACUGCUCCGUUCCCGGAGACUCCUUCUUCUACUUCGACGUGCUGCAGUCCCUCACCAACGUGCUGCAGAUCAACCAGCGGCCGGCCGUGGUGGGGGUCUUCACCACGCAGGCCAACAGCAUCACGGGCUCGGCGGUGUGCGCUUUCUACAUGGACGACAUCGAGAAGGCGUUCAACGGGAAGUUCAAGGAGCAGAAGAGCAGCGAGUCUCCCUGGACGGCGGUCUCUGAGGACCAGGUCCCCAAGCCCAGGCCGGGCUCCUGUGCGGGAGACGGUCCCGCCGCCUCCUACAAGUCCUCCACCAACUUCCCGGACGAGACCCUGUCCUUCAUCAAGUCCUACCCACUCAUGGACGAGGCCGUGCCCUCUGUCAACGACAGGCCCUGCUUCACCAGGACCAACAGCCGGUACAAGCUGACCCAGAUCGCCGUGGACACGGCCGCCGGUCCCAGUAAGAACCACACCGUCCUGUUCCUGGGCUCGGAGGACGGCAGGGUGCUCAAGGUCCUGGCCAGCACCCACCCUAGCGCCUCCUUUGGCACCCAGCUCCUGGAGGAGAUCGACGUCUACAGCCCCGCGAAGUGCAAUGUGCGAGGGGAGGACAGGAGGAUUCUGGGACUGGAGCUCGACAAGGACCAUCAUGCCCUGUUCGUGGCCUUCUCCAGCUGUGUGAUACGCAUGCCGCUGAGUCGCUGCCAGGACUACGGCACCUGCAAAAAGAGCUGCCUGUCCUCGCGAGAUCCCUACUGCAUCUGGGUGAAGACCGGGACCUGCACCACAGCGGCGCCUGGAUUCAAGGCCGGCUUCGAGCAGGACAUCGAGAACGGCUACACCCAGCACCCGGACAGCUGUCACGAUGUCCUGGCUACCACUCGGAAUCAAAUUCCUGCGGUUGACUCAGCCUACGGAAAGACCACACCCACAAGCUUGAGCGCCACCAAUCGGGGAGCGGAUUUCCCAAAGGUCAAAGGUACCGGUCCGGAUGGCCACUCUCCCAUUGGUGGGGAGGGGUCACCUGACUCCGAGGAGAUCAGUGUGGAGACGGAGGGGGUGCGCCGCCAGCCCGAGGCAGACAAGUCCAGCCACAGCGUGCACUACACCCUCCUCAUCGCCUGCGUGCUGGUGGCCUUCCUCCUGGGGGCCGUCCUGUCCGGCUUCCUGGUUUCCUGCUACUGCAACCACAGCCUCCACAAGACCAAACGGCUGGGCAAGGACCCCGAGGCGUCCAUACCCCACGCCCUCUCCCUGCGCAGCCUGGCCAAGCUCAACGGCCUCCUGGACGGCCAGGCCAAGGAGGACAAGCUGGAGGUCUCCUCGCCCAAGAUGUACAACUCGCUCCUCGCCACCGGGAAGGAGCAGCUGUCCAACGGGAACGGGAGGGCAGUGGGGGGGGACCUUUCCCACCACCAUCACCACCACCACCACCACCCUGUCGAGCUUUCGGGGCUCCCCACGCCGGACUCGACGCCCGAGCUGCCCAUCAAGAGCAUGAAGGCCUUCAAGAACCAGUGGGAGAAGAACCAGAACUGCAACAACGCCAAGGAGAGCAAGCCCGCUUGCAUGAGCGGCUCCAGGCCCAGCUCCGGCAUUCCACCCCAGGUCUUCCCCUUCUCCAGCGCCCUGGCCAACGGGCAGGCCCUGGGGGGUCCGCUCCUUCCCGAGGAGAGGAAGAUCCCCAACGGGGAGCGGGUGGUGACCCAGCCCUUCCACUACUACCCUCAGAAGGUAGUGGACGUGACGGCGCUGGACGAGCUCCUCAAGCACCUCCACGAGCCGAGCGGGGCGGGCGGGAAGAGCGUGACGAUGAUGGCCUCCCCGCUGCCGCCCCACAGCGGCCAGGUGCUCUUCGCCAACCGGGUGCAGCCCCAGAUCCCCGACACGGAGUCCGCCCCUUACUACAGCUCCUCCACGCUGCCCCGGGACAGCCUGACGCGCCGCAUGGACGUGCCGCCGGACAUGCCCCCGCCCCAGUCCACCCUCGAGAGGGCAUCCCGCCACCCCUCCCAGCGGCACUCCCUGGUGGUCGCCCCCAAGAUGGUCAACGGAGGGGGCGUGGUUCCCCGCCAGCACAGUUUCAGCCACAGGAGUGGCCACCAGCCCCCUCCGCUCCUGGCCCGCAUGAACUCGACCGGCAGCACCUCCGAGGGACAGCACCCCCUCAUCCCCAACGGCUACCUGUCCCGGCAGCACAGCUACUCCGAGCAGCUGGCCGGCCCGCGGGCCGCCAUCGUCCGGCGGGCGUCUUCCCUCAAGCCCGACGUUCCCCCCAAGCCUCUCUUCAUCCCAGCCUCCUCGCCCAUCAGCCCACAGGGCAAGUUCAACUACUAGAGGGGCUGGAGGAGGCAGCAGGGACUGGCUUUCCGAGAUUAAAAAAAAGGGGUAUCGUGGAGCCUUGAUGAGAAAAAUAAGGAGGGAGGUUUUAGACAAGAAAGGCACUUUCACACUGAAAAAGAAAAGCGCCCAGGCAUGUAAGUGGUGCCACUGAGGCUCUCGUACUUGUGUCUGAUUGUUUUCGCCACGUGCAAUGAAUGUUCUUGUACCAUAUUGGUAUUGCUAAAUUACUUGACAACAGACAGGAAGCAAAACUCGUAAGACAAGACUGCCUGCCCGUCAGGGUAUCCACUGCCAGCCGUCUGACCCCCACACCCGGAACAGCUGUCGCACGAGCACCGUUCAGAGAGCCAUCGCUUCAAUCAGAGCAUGGGCUUCUGGGACUUGACUUGGCCACAUGGGGCGACAGCCUGCCUCGCGUUCGCCCGAUGAACAUCGUGCCGACUCAAAGUGCUUCAGCGAUUGCGACCCUUCAGAAUCUUCAUACGUGCGUAUAAGGGGUGCCCAGGUCAAUAUCCGCACCAGCACGUAUGCAUGUUGUAUAUACUCACACGUCUACAUGCGCAGUGCGUGUCCUGUGGAUUGUGCGUUGGGAGUGGCUCUUUUCGCCUUAUUCUUUCAAUUGUACGACGAAAUGACCUUUCUGGAGCAGCUUUCCCAAACUGCUGCAAAAUAUUCCUAAAAAGCUUGAGCAAUAAUCACACAGUAUCAGUACCUGCGUGCGUGCCCUGGAUCGAGGGUGCCAAAGAAGUCUUGGAUCCACCCCCCCUACGCAGAGUUCACCAUGACCCUGGUGUUCCAGCGCCAAACCCAAACAAAGCCAGCAAAGGCUUGAGGACUCUGUCUCUCUUGCUCUCACGCGCUGUGAAGAGGGCAGAGCUUAGGAGGAAUAUGGGGGAGGGGGGGGGGAGAGGGGAUGAUUCAUGUGCUGACCAAAAAAAACUUUUAAUUUCAUUUUGAGAGGGGUCUCUGGAAGAGGCAGCCCCAUGUUCCUCUCCUCUCUGCCCUACCGCAGGACACAUCGGAAGCCAUACAAGCCAGCGGGGAGAAAGUCACGCAGAAGCAAACUCAACUCAACUGCUGAUAAUCCUGGGGAGCGUGGAGGGGGUGAGUUCUACCUCACCCCCUGCUUUACCCUGAACUCGUCCCAAACCCCAAACCCCAAGGCCAGACCCGGUGCACAGACACACUCAGUUCUCCCAGGGAAAAUAAAAGCAGUGUGGAUUUGAUUUUCACCAUCUGGGGGGAGGUUGGAUGAGGGGGUGAAGAUCAGUUUAUAUUCACCCAGGCCCUAUACGGAGCGCAGGUUCUGGUUUUAAAAAGAGACUGCUGAAGGACAGUCCUGAUUUUAAUGUACUAAAGACAGCUGUUAUUAAUAAACUUUGUGGAUAUCUAUGUAAAUAAAGGAGACUGUGGAAUAAUUUCAGUAACUAGCCAAAUUUUAAUUGUAAUGUGUAAAUGCGUGCCUUAUUUAAUAUAAUGUGUGCUAUAGGGGAAGUAUUGGGAAAGUGGCAGAACAACCUGUAUUAGGUGUUUCUAUUUUUUUUUAACAUGAGUGUUGAUACGUGUCAUCGCUGUUGUAGAUUUGUAUUUUUAUCAAUAGGCUUUUUUUGAUAUCCUGAACCGCAAAGCAGUAUUACUUAUGUGUGAGACAGUUGUAAAUUGAAACCUGUCAGCUUGAGGCUGCGUUUUUGUUUUGUUCCCCCCCCCCCCACUCCCCCAACAUGCACUGUAUCAGUAGAGCAUGCUGGGAGGUGCAGUCCACUCCAAACGGUUGACCUGGCAUGGGCACGAGUAUCUCUCUACUCAGCACGUCUUGACAGAUAGCCUGCUCAAGCUGGGUUUUUUUUUUUACAACCGCUGUAGAGGAGGACCUUGAGAAAAUCGAUCCAGUAAGCUACAAAAAUACCCUUUUUAACAGGACGUUUAGUUAUCUUAAAGCGUUUAGACCAGAUGGGAAUGACACGGGCCCGCUCAGUUGUGUGGUACCUGCAGAAGACCUCCCCUCCUCUGGUCCACGCUCACGACGCAAGCCCUCGCUUCCCGCGUGGCGAGGAGUGUCCAGGCGUGAUCGUGCGGGAGCCGCCGCGGAGCUCGCCGAGAGACGCUGGCUGGCGCCUGUAGCCGAGCGGCUGGCCUUCAACACCUGCUGAAACCUGGGGUUGUAGGAAGAGAGGUCAGAGUUUGGCAUUGCAGGCCUGCUUUAAAUCAAGUUAAACUAGUCAUGUUUCUUUUCAUUUGCUGGAGAGUUUAGAAGGGGCCCGUCGUCCUGCUCUCUCUGUUUCACUCUCUAAAGCUGUAGGCGACUGUCGCCAAUUCAGCGGUUUUGGGUGGGUUGUACCUCCUUGAUAACUUUUCAACCUGAGCUGAAUUUCAUUUAAAAUACCUUUGUCUUUCCCAAUAAAUAAUAAAAUUAUCUUUCAAAUGUG